AUGUUCAGACUUGCUGCUGCUCGUUCUCAAACCGUUGCUCGCGUCGUCGGCCGUCGCAAUGCUUCUACCAAUGUUGCCGUCCAGAAUUUGGAAUCUCGCUGGAAGACCUUGUCCAGUGCCGAACAGAACACCAUCGCCAAGCAACUCGAAGAAGCUCAGGCCGGUGACUGGAAGCUCCUCUCUGCCGAUGAGAAGAAGGCUGCCUACUACAUUGCUUUCGGUGCUCACGGUCCCCGCGAACCCUUGACCAAGCCUGGCCAUGCCGCCAAGGUCGUUGGUGGUGUUGCUGGUGUUCUUGCUGCCUCUGCCGCUCUUUUCUAUGCCAUGCGUCUUGGUGCCAAGGAAACUCCUCACACCAUGUCCAAGGAAUGGGAGGAAAAGACCAACGAAUACCUCAAGAGCCAGAACUCCAACCCCAUCACCGGUAUCUCUUCCGAGGGUUACAAGGGCAAGGGCUAUGUUGUUCACGAUUAA